AUGAACGUUGUUUCUAAGUCGAGUUUCGCAGACAAAGAAGCAAAGCCGAUUAUGCAGUCUCCCGUUCCUAUAGUGAUUGCAAGCAGUUCAGACAAGAGAGAUGUCGGUCCAACAGUCACUGCGAAUGAAAAUACAAAUGCGAGUGAUACGUUGCAACGAUUGACCAACAACAAGGAAACUACCUCUUCUUACCUGUCUCCGCCGAAAACAACAGUAAUUGGUAAUAGAAGAAGAUCUUCCAGCGUUAGAAGCGCCCUUUCGGCCUUUUUUGGUGCUGGUACCAGCCCGACAUCCAAUGUGGACGAUUAUUCGAACCCGGCAACCCAUAAUUAUACCACUGCUCCGCCGUUGUCGUCCAGGUUUAGAGGAAAUAGUCUCUCCUCUGACGUUCCUAGUAAUACCUAUACUGGCACCGGUUCUUACCAACCGCAGAGACAUAGGAAUUCGGUGCCGUACACCGCCAUUGAUCAAUUACAUACAAGACAAGAUACGGGCAUGAGAAGGGAAUCGGAUCCUGUUGCUUUGAAGAAAUUUACCAGCGGCAACAAUGGGACAUUGAAACCGCUUAUGUCACAUCGCUCCGAAUCUGGCUCUUCUUUUGUUGGUAACGUAUUAUCGGACUAUUUGACAGAUCGCGGUUUCAUUAAGCAGAAACUAUUAUAUAAUAAGAAAAAUGUGCUGGACGUUUCCAUUGCGACAAGUGCAGAAUCUGUUUUCUUGCCGACUACAAAAAGUAACGAAACAGAGUAUUUGUCACUGAUUAAUGGCUCUUUAGACCGUGCGCAAACACAACCUCUCGUGGCCACUAAUACCGUUGGGAAUGAACUCUCUCCUUUCUCCCCUGGCAUGGACACUUUGAAUGAAAACAACGAUUUGUCGCUACUUUCGUUACCUAAACAGCGGCCCAUUCCUGCGAACACCGCAAAUAUAGACAGCACUGGGUUCUCGAAUAUGGCCGGUAACACAUCAUCAACCUCUAAUAACAACACAACAGAUACGGAUUCUCUUGGUUCGAAUCACAAUAUCGUAAACAAUACAGGACAAGUGACGCGAAACACGCAUUCGCAUUCACGUCCUCGAUCGCGUUCUCGCUCGACAGCUUGGAAUACUCAGAUGCCCUCCUUCAGCUUUGCCUUAAUAUUUUGCUUGAAUAGGCCAGCCACACUUACGGACAUCAAAGUGGAACUUACUUCAAAUGUGAGAAUCGUAUGGUUCAACGGCCUUCCUCCGGCCAAAAGUGUCAAUGAAGAAUGCUAUAACAUAGGUGCUCUAGAUUGGACCUUGAAUGCGGAUAAUUUCAACCUCUUCAUACCGCGGGAUGCCAAGUCUCUCGUCGAUAUCGUUGAGAACCAUUCAAAUACCAGGAGAUUAAAAGUGCUGCAGAAAUUAUCGAUGAGGAAACGCCAUUCCUUCUCGAGCAAAACCAUGCUUAAAGAAAAUAUACUGAAUAAACUAAAUUCGUCCGAUGCUUCUAACAAAUUAAAUGCCGGUGUAUAUAUAUUUACCAUUCCUAUUAUCCUUGCCAAUCAUAUCCCUGAAUCGCUAUAUUACCCAUCGGCAAAGGUCUCUUACACUUUAAGAUUAGCAACAAGACUAGAAGAUGAACAUUCACAAGUAAACACAUCACAGCCGCAUCCUACUUCUCUCUCUUCUUCUGUGGAUCCACAUUCGCAUACCUACUGUGAUCCUAACGAAAAUUCAAGAGCCGAUGAUACCAUCGAAGGGGAAACAUACAACACCGAUAGCAAAUCCCGUAGCAAAACUCCAUUUCCUUCUUCAUGGCUGAAAAACGUUAAAGGCCGCUUAAAAUUGAAUAGUUCUAAUGGUGGCAUUGAAUGUGACAGCAAUGGUUCACUCACCGCUGCUGACUCUGCGUCACAAAGAGCCGACUUAAAUUCCUUGGUAUAUUCAGAGUAUCCACUCCAUUUAGUGAGAACUCCGCCCGAAAUAUCUAUCACCACAGCAAAUAAACCACUUUACAUAAAUAAAGUUUGGGAGAAUUCUCUCUCUUAUGAGAUUUCAUUUGCUCAAAAAUAUGUUCCCUUGAAUGGUGAAAUCCCGAUUACUAUCAAGGUAGCGCCAUUAGUGAAAACUAUUACCGUGAAGAGAAUUCGUGUUAGUUGCAGAGAAAAAAUAUCCUUCAGAAGUAAAGACUACCAGCACGAUUUUGACCAAUUAGACCCAUUAGCUUUGGAUCCAUGUAAUCCUUAUCACAUGAGAUAUUUGGUGAGAAAAAAAAAGGACAGAAGUUUACCACUAUUUGAAGUAGCUUCCAAGAGCACAAGUGGUCCUGCCAUUAGAGAAGAAGUCGUUAAUAACACCAUUGACGAUAAUUUAUUGGCUUACACCUCAACCAAAGAAAAGAAUAAAAACAUCCCGUUUUCUGAAUCAUUUACGAUCAAGACGAAACUAAACUUUCCCAAAUACUCCGAAAUCGACGCUACCAAAACCACAAAUUUACCUACUUAUGGUAUUGACCUUUUUGAUCCAAUAAAAGAUUCAGGUCAAGUUGAAAGCACUUCUAACAAUAGCAAUAUGUUGGGCUUUCUAAUGGGUCAUUCAAAUAAGACCUCUAAUAUGCCCCACAAACUUCAACCAGAAGAGGGCCAUAAUAAUUUUAAAGAUCAAGGUGUGAACGAAGUAACAACUUUACAAACUAGCUCCAAUGUCCCCGUUCAAUUCUAUACGCGACUGAACAAACCAAGACGUGGUUUGUAUUUGGACAGCAUGCAUUUUAAAAAUAUUCAAUGCUCACAUAAAUUAGAAAUUGUUUUGAGAGUUAGUAAAACCGACGACAGUAACCCACAACUUACAAGGCAUUACGAAAUAAUUGUCGAUACGCCAAUAUAUUUGAUUUCAGACUUAUGCAAUACUUCCAAUAUUGACUUACCCACGUACGAUAUGGCCACUACUGAAUCAUCCAAGGUUCUACCACCAACUUUCGAAGAGGCAACGUCUGUCUCAGCAUCACCAAGAUCCUCCUUAUCUUAUUAUCCUGACGAUAUUUCUAUGCAACAACUACAUCUUUCCAGGUCAACUUCCUUGGCAAACGGUUAUCUGUCGAAGAUACAUUCGAAAGCAACAACGGUCUCGGAAACAUUUAAUAGUGCCCCGUUUCAAGGCCAGAAAGAUCAACAACCACAUGUUUUAAGGACCGAAGAUUUUUCACCGCAAAUGACAAAUGCAGAAAAUACAUACAAUAAUAUGGAUGGCUUACUUUCGCAAGACAUCUUGGAACAGAGAAAUGUUUCUACACUAUUAGAGGGGGAUAAUACCACUACGAUGGAUUUUAAUAAGAAUAUAUUCACACCACGGGGCAAUCCUUGUACCCUUAUUAGUAACGAUGACGAUUAUAAUGAUAUUGAUAAUGAUAAAGACGGGCCUGGUCCAAUAGUUCAUCCAGGUACUGAACCGCCAAGAUACGAUGAGAUUUCCUCCUGA